CGUGGGCUUUAAUAACGUGGCUCGUUAAAUGUGAGAUUCCUCAUCAGGAAAUCUAAAGAAUGUUCUAGAAGUCUGUUCUGUGGUGCGUCGUGUCCUGCCGCUGGUGUCUGUAGCGUGUUCUCAGUCGCGCGGCGGUAAAUUGAGGCGUCGUGUUCGUUUAGACGUGUGACUUGGUGGCGCUGUACAUGCAGGCAGUCUUAUUAGCGUGUAAUAACGCGUAUGAAGCGCGCGUGUGCAGGGCAGCCGCCCUGUCGGCGUAGGCCGGGGUCAGUCUGUUGGAGCUCGUGGGGGCAGUACGAACGCUCGCGCGGUCAAAGUGAGGUGUUAAAAAUACACGCUGAGACUGUCCCAGUCUGACCGGCUGACGGCUGUUAUGUUCUUUCCACAGAGUCGGGAUCUGUGACGGCUCUUCAUGGCAGUCAGAAGGGGACACAUUAGAUGCUUAAAAGAGGUCUAUGACAUGUCGAACGGUUAUGAAGAUCACAUGGUGGACGAGCCGAAAGACUCUAAAACCAACCUUAUAGUAAAUUACUUACCCCAGAACAUGAGCCAGGAUGAGCUGCACAGCCUCUUCAGCAGCAUCGGCGAGGUGGAGUCCGCGAAGCUCAUCCGCGACAAAGUAGCAGGCCACAGUUUAGGGUACGGAUUUGUUAACUAUCUUAACCCUAGUGAUGCAGAAAGAGCAAUCAGUACACUCAAUGGCCUGAGGCUACAGUCUAAAACUAUCAAGGUUUCCUACGCCAGGCCCAGUUCUGACUCCAUUAAGGAUGCUAACCUCUAUAUUAGUGGGCUGCCUAAGACCAUGACGCAGAAGGACGUGGAGGACAUGUUUACACGUUACGGCCGAAUCAUCAACUCGCGUGUGCUCGUCGAUAAGGCCACAGGACUGUCUCGAGGUGUGGCGUUCAUCCGCUUCGACAAGCGUGCAGAGGCUGAGGACGCCAUCAAAGACCUGAACGGACAGAAGCCCCCAGGAGCCACAGAGCCCAUCACGGUCAAGUUCGCAGCAAACCCCAACCAGGUGAAGGGCACCCAGAUCAUCUCCCAGAUCUACCACGCCCAGUCCCGCCGCUUCGGGGGGCCAGUCCACCACCAGGCCCAGAGGUUCAGGUUUUCCCCGAUGGGCGUGGACCACAUGAGCAGCGUGUCCGGCGUGAACGUGGCGAGCAGCUCCACGUCCGGCUGGUGCAUCUUCAUCUACAACCUGAGCCAGGACACAGACGAGGGCAUCCUGUGGCAGAUGUUCGGGCCCUUCGGCGCCGUCACCAACGUCAAGGUCAUCCGCGACUUCAACACCAACAAGUGCAAAGGCUUCGGCUUCGUCACCAUGACAAACUACGAGGAGGCGGCCAUGGCCAUCGCCAGCCUGAACGGCUACCGCCUCGGCGACAAAAUCCUGCAGGUCUCCUUCAAAACCAGCAAGACGCACAAGUAGAGGGCGCUAGAACGGCCAGAGCUCCGCGCCCGCACCGCGCCCGAGGGCGGUGGCGCAGGUCCGAGAGUUAAUACUGAUAUUUUUGUAGUUUAAUCCACUUUACGCUAAACGUUUCCACUUCACGCGCGGCGUCACUAAGCGUCCCGUUGGACAGAGAACCUUUUUCUUUUCUUUGAGUAAUUCGAGCUGUGCUGUAAAUGUUCUAGAUAUUUCGGGGAGCAUCUCAAAACACAUUUACACCAGUUCUGCAUUUGAUGCUGAAGCUAAUGUGUGAGAUGCUGGUCAGACUGGCAGGACUUUAGUUCAGCCCCCCGUACAGAAGCAUGUUACAGUUUCUCGCAGUAUUCGAUAUUUAAGUUGCCUUAUUUUUUUCCACCCUCUGCUCCUCAAACCCCGUCUGACCCCACUUGACCCCUGGAGCACUUUGUUUUUCGUUGUUUUUGGUUGUGCUUACGGUCGGACUGCGGUUUUCCGAAGCCGUCGGAAAAGCGGAGCGUCUGUAAGCAGAGUUCGAGCGUGUGACCGAGGGGAACGUGUUUAAUGCUCUGUGAUUAGUCUGAAAGGGACCGCCUGAUAAAGACUGAAAAGGACCAAAGAGAAGGUUUAACCCCACCUAAAGCGAGACGGGCGGGCCGCGGGGUUCAGCGCGGCCCCCCCAACAAAGCGAAACGCUUUCCUGAUUAGCCGGUACUGACAAAACGUCUGUGUUCAGAUUACUCACAUUUCAGCUUCAGCAGUCUCUUCUGUAAGCUUUGGUUUGUUUCUCCACAUUUUGAUUUUCUUUAGAAGAAACUUUAUUUACUUUGUUCUUUUUUCCCUUUUUGUUUUUCUUUUCCGUGCAGUUUAGGGUGGAUAGAUGAAAGUUGGUUGUUUUUAUUAAUCCAUAUACUUCUGAAGACUGCCUUGUGAUUUGUCUUUUUUUUUUCUUUCUUUCGUUCCUUUUUGUUCUUUGCUUUGAUGUUUCCUUUGUUUUGAUUGUUUUGAUUGUUUCACUUGGCAUUUCACAAUCAUUAAAUUUUCUUUUGUUUUGCUGAAA